AUGUCAUGGGGUUAUAACUCAAAAGUGGUCACAUGGCGCUCUUUUGGCUCAACAGCGUCAAUUCAAGGUCAUGCUAGAGGCUUGCUGGCCGACGUAAAUAAUUAUCGGAGGACCAGACAAGCCGAGGGACAGAAGUUGAUAUUCGUUGCACAUGACAUUGGAGGAAUCUUAGUACAAGCUGCCCUUGGUGAAUCACUGAUGGGAACCGACAACCUGUAUCGGUACGUCGCGGGUAUUAUCUUCCUAGGAACUCCGCAUCGUGGCUCAAGGAAGGUAGAGCACGCUGCAAUUAUAGUCAGAAUAUUGUCUGGCUUAGGCAUAGGAACCAGGUCUCCAAUGCUGAAGCAAUUGAAACCAAACUCCGAUGCUCUUCUACAUAUCUCUAUGCAAUUUCGCAAACUCCUCCGAAGGGCACCCAUUCAGAUAUGCUCAGCAUUCGAGACACGUAGGACUAGCUCGUCUGGAUUGGUGAGAUCUUAG